AUGGCGAACUCAAACGAGCGGGAGUACCCCGUUAUGUCCCGAGCCGAUGUAGAGGGCCUCAUCGCCCAGGGACGCAAGAUCAUCAUCGUGGACCACUUCGUGAUGAAGGUCGACGCGUGGCUGCCGUACCAUCCUGGAGGCGACAAGGCUAUCAUGCACAUGGUUGGCAGAGAUGCGACAGAUGAAGUGAAUGGACUACACUCUCCAGAGGCUCGCCUUAUGAUGGAUAGAUAUCGCAUCGGUCGGAUUGAGGGCCAUUGGCACAAUUUCCUGCCGCCUAUACAAGGUGGUAUCUUCCGCUCGCCUUCGGCCGCGGAGAGCCAUGAUGAGAAGCACCAGGUGUCGGUCAUACCGGAGUCUAGCAGUGCUAGUUCCCGCUCACAAUCGCCCUCGCCCAUCUUUGAUGAUAGUGAGGCACGGCACCGCUCGACUGGGUCUUCAUCACCGUCGUCGGUGUCCUCCUAUUCCGAGCAAGAGGUAGACGAUGGUACGGCAUUCCUAGAUGCGAAGACGGGAGAGGCUAUCCGCCUCGAUCUCGACAAGUAUCCCUCCCUGGACGAUCGCACCCAAGAAGAUAUCAUACGAAAAGCAUAUGCCUGGGAGAUGUUCCGCUAUACGCUCCUGUUCUCCCUUAUGCUUCUCUUCCUGCGCUGGAAGUGGUACGCGCUGAGCGCCGUGUUUCUCGGCGCAUUCUGGCACCAGAUCACGUUCACCGCGCACGACGCAGGGCACAUGGGCAUCACGCACAACUUCCAUGUAGACACCCUCAUAGGCGCGCUCAUUGCCGACUUCAUCGGUGGGCUGUCUAUCGGCUGGUGGAAGAGGAACCACAACGUGCAUCAUAUCGUGACCAACUCCCCGGAGCACGACCCGGAUAUCGAGUACAUCCCCUUCUUCGCCGUCUCACAUCGGAUGCUGCAGUCCCUGCGGUCGACAUACUACGACACCGUCAUGGAGUACGAUGCCCUGGCCAAGAUCCUCAUCCCCAUCCAGGCGUGGACCUACUACAUCAUCAUGCUCUUCGGCAGGUUCAACCUGUACCGCCUAGCAUACACUCACCUGUUUCUUAGCCCGCGGCCCAAGGGCCCCGGCUGGUGGCACUGGUACGUGGAGGUGGUCGGGCAGGUCGCGUUCUGGGCCUGGUUCGGCUACGGCAUCAUCUACAAGGCCAUCGACUCCAACUGGGCCCGCCUGGUCUUCAUCCUCAUCAGCCACAUGGGCCAGGCCCCGCUGCACGUGCAGCUCACGCUGUCGCACUUCGCCAUGAGCACGGCCGACCUGGGCCCGGGCGAGUCGUUCCCGCAGAGGAUGCUGCGCACGACCAUGGACGUCGACUGCCCGCCCUGGCUCGACUUCUUCCACGGCGGGUUGCAGUUCCAGGCCGUCCACCACCUGUUCCCGCGCGUCCCCAGGCACAACCUGCGCAGGGCUCAGAAGCUCGUGCAGAGGUUCUGCGACGAUGUGGGGAUACCGUAUGCCCUGUACGGCUUCGUCGACGCGAACGUCGAGGUUGUGGGCCGGUUGGCCGAGGUGGGGAGGCAGGCGACUAUCCUUGCCAAGUGCUAG